GCUUACUAAAAAAUUCAUUUCCGGGAUUUACUGUUUUUCUUUACAUGUGAUACUACGGAUACUUUUGCCUUGGAAAUUUACUGCAGUUACAAAUCAUUACAACUCUUCAUUAGUUUAUUUAUAGUGAUUGAUUCAAUAGAUUCAAUCUUUUGAUUGGAUUAGAAAUGGGAAAGUUAGAUGUCAAAGCUUUGCGCUAUUUGAGCCGAGAAGAUUUUCGUGUUCUUGUGGCAGUAAGUAAAUUACCGUUGAUCAAUUUACCUUCGACGAAAUUUCUUUCGACUUUCGAUCAAAUUUCCGUAUAUGAGUUAGUAAAAAGAUUAAUAGUCAGUGUCUUAUGUAAUGUAGACUAACUGAAACUCUUGUAGCACUAGAGUCACUAUUAUUAUUAGUUAGGCCUAAUUAAUUAGUAUUAGGCCAUUACUUUAAUGAUGUUAGUGUUAGGUGACAGACUCUAGGAUUAUUAAUUAUACUAUACCAGUACUGUAACUACCUUAGCACUGACACUAGCUGAUUUAAAAUUUAAUAAUAAAAUAACAUAAUUUAUUUUUAAAAAUACUAAAGGGAGGAAGGACCUAUUUACAAAUUAUGUAGGAGUGGGGGCCAAAUAAAAAUAUUUACGAAGUGUCUACACGUCCGGCGCGGAUGUGUAGUGCGCAAGAUAUACGUCCGGCGGCUUGUCACAUGACCGCCGGACAUGGCCGGAAGGCUUGUAGUUUUUAUAAUUCCAAACGAAAUACGAUUUAGUACAUCUUGUCUGGUCUUGUGGUAGAGUAGUUGCUUGACGAUAGGAAGUUUUGAGGAUCUAUACCGGGGAUAGGGUGGUUUUUUUUCUUCCCAUUUUUAUUAAAAUAUUUUGUAUAUAUUUAUAUUAUCAUGUUCCUCAGCAACAGUAGUUUCAUGAGAAGUUUUUAAAUAUUUUGUAGCAAUUGAAAUAAUUUAAAAUGAAAUCUUUUACUUUAACUUUUAUUGGUUGCCUACGCCUACUCCACACUGGCCCCUAAUUUAUUUUAUGGAUUACUGGUACACAAACUCAAAAAAAUGUUUACAAGCCACUUUCAUUUAAGUUUUUUUUUCUAUUAUUUGCAUUCAAGAUACUCAGUACAUUACUUGGUAGAGAAAUAGAUUUUAAAAUUAACAAUAGUUUUGAAUUAUUCGCAGUCACGUGACAAGGCUGACUGACAAGAUAUCUCUCGCCACUUUGUUACGGCGGUCAUGUGACUUGGUCGCCGGACACAUAGUGCGGGAGAUAGACGUCCGGCGCGCCGGACGUGUAGACACUGCCAAAUAUUUAACUAGGCCUAUUAUACUAUUCUAUAAGUUAGUAAGUGAAGGCAGUAGUCUGAGUCUGAGUAGUUGAGGACUCGUUUACUCUUGUCGUACCUUUUUUUUUAAUUUAAGAAGAAAAUCACCAUAGUCUAUAGUGUAGUACAGUACACCCCUAGCACUAAUAAUUCAAAUUAUUUUUGCUUUUUUUUUUUACCUUGAUAAAUAAUUUUUAAAAAGAAUAGGCCUAGCCCAAAUGUGUAGCCUGUUCUUCGCCCUUAGUAAGAGGCAUCUUCGCUGGUUAGAUCAUGUAAAUGUAAGGAGAAUGAAGCACUGUAUUCCAAAUACUUUGCAGUAUGGACCAUACCAAGGAGAGUUGGCAAGACUUAUUGGAGUAUAUGGGAAGCCAAAAUAGAAAUCAACGAAUGGGAGAUCCACACUGUGCACCAUUUCAGCUGACAAACAGCAGUGUGUGAUGAAGUCAAAUAGGCAUAAGAUGUGAAAAACAAAGCCCUGGCAACAAAAUGAGCAUUAUGGAAGGCUAUAUUUAACCAGGAGUGAAGGUUCUCCUGGAAGAAUUGCAGCCAAAACUGCUAUUCUAGGAUCUGCCUUGUAAGCCAUUUGAUGAAGUGUCAAUAGUAACUCCAACACCCAGCAAAGACGGAAGCAUGCCAUAUAUAUAUACAUAUAUAUANAUAUAUAUAUAUAUAUAUAUAAUAAUAAUUUAUUAUUUAUAACUUUAUUAGGCUUAGACAUAGCUCUUCACAAUGGACAAUGGCAUACAUUAAAGCACAGGUCCUCAAACUACAACCCGCAGGCAAGAUCCGGCUUACUGAGGGUCCUUAACUUAGCCCAACUGGCCAUCAUAUGGGUAGAAGUGAAAGAUAUGGAACCAUACAUAAUACAUUGACCAUCUCAUAAGUCAAAAGCAGGCACUUAUGUCCCAUUGACAUAUGAAAAAUUGUAUAUUGAUUGAAAUUUUUAGUUGUAUUGAAAAUAGUUUUUUUUUCUCGUGGUGGCUUUUUCCACUGCCAAUAAGAUACGUGCAGUGUGUCUAGGCAUUCAUUCAUACUUUUUCAUCAGGUUGAAUUUAUUCUGCUUAUGACCGUAUAUGUUAAAAGUAAGAAGAAGUCACAAACACUGAAAUUGAAAUUUCCCAUUUUGUUUCAUUUACGAAUAUUUUACGCAUUUCCUCAAGGUCUUGAGGAAUUUUACAGCAAGUCAUUUUUUUUUAGGACAAAUUUGCAGAUGGUGGGAAACCCUAUUGUUUGUUAUUAAACAGUUGUGUAUAAUAAAUUUAAAAAUACAUAUAAUUCCUAACAAUCAGUGACGUAUUGAUUCGCCAAUGAGGCAAAUUAAUAAGUAAUCAGGAAAUCUGCUUGGCACAGUAUUUUUUUUAUUUGGUAGACAAUAUUUAUUUUUUUAAAUUUUAAAAUCUAGGUUGAAAUGGGAAUGAAAAACCAUGAACUUGUUCCUGCAGCCCUUGUUGCUGCAAUUGCCCAUCUCCCAGCUGGUGGAAGCCAUAAAAAAUUAAGAGAGCUUCAUAAACAUGGACUAGUGGCUUAUGAACAAGGCAACAAAAGAUGUGAGUGUAUAUUUUUAUUUAAAUGUUUUUUUUUUUAAAGACCUACCUAUAUGCAGUCAAAUUGAUUUUAUAAGGUUACCCGGUACUGAUUUUUUUUUUGAGAAAUCUUAUUUUUUUGUCUUAUUUUCUUACAUAUAUAUAUUACGAGAGUUCUAAGUUCAGCAUGGUUUCUAUACUCAUGAGGGGUUCGCUAGAUUACCAAGUUUAGAUAAUUGAAACAACCGGACAGAUAAUAAAUGAGAAAGAUAAGCAAUAUUUAAAGUAAAAUCUAGGCGACACAAUUUUCCCUGAAAUUCAUUAAACACUCUUUUCACAUGAAACAAUAUUUUUGGGAUGGGGGUGGAAUUCAUAUUUUUUGUUUGAAUUGCUAUGGUAGGCAGGUCUGAUAUCAUAAUACAUUUAUUUUUUUUCAAGUUUUUUUAAUUUUGAAGUUGAUAUUGUUUGUUUUUAAUUAUAGAUAGUGGCUACCGUUUAACCAAUGCUGGAUAUGAUUUCCUUGCUUUGAAAGUAUUGACUGAAAAAAAUGUUAUAACAUCUGUGGGUAAUCAAAUAGGAGUUGGAAAAGAAUCAGGUAUGUUUAUUAGACUGCAGUUUCACAAACCCGGUAUUAAAUUUAUUGUUCUUCUCUAGCGUUUUCAAAUUUGAGUUCAAUAUUUACAUCAAUAAAAUGAAUUAUUUGCUAAAUUAUUUUAUAUGCAGUUUUCAAAAUCAUUUUAACUCAAUAGUAUAAACUUCCCAUUUAAGCAACAUAUUGAUUGAAGUAUUUAAUGUUUGCCUUUCUAUUCCAAGAUGUCUACAUAGUUGCUGAUGAAGAAGAAAAGCAAUAUGCCCUUAAACUGCACAGGUAACCCCAAUCUUUAGAACUGCACAGAUAGCCUAAUCUUUACCAGAUUGCAAUUGUUGUCCAUAUUAAUCUAAGAAUAUAUUGCUGUGUAGACAUCUUAAAUCAGUGGUUCUCAACCUGUGGGUCACGACCCCUUUGGGGGGUCGCCUAAGACCAUCUGAAAACACAUAUCCUAACAGCUAUGAAGUAGCAACGAAAAUAAUUGUCGGGGUCGCCACCACACGAGAAACUGUAUUAAAGGGUCGCGACACUAGGAAGGUUGAGAACCACUGUCUUAAAUGUUCAUUAUAUUCGACUUACAUGCAUUCUUAAUGCUGUUUCUUUUCCCAGACUUGGGCGCACUUGCUUUAGACAAAUAAAGAACAAGCGGGAUUACAUGAAGUAUAGAAAGUCUGCAUCUUGGUUGUAUCUUGGGAGGCUUGCAGCAACGAAGGAAUUUGCUUACAUGAAGGCAAAGUGUUUCAGACAUUCACCUAUAUUUUUUUUAAAUCCAGUAAAAUCAUUAUGUAAGCCAUGACAGUUCAAACCCUCAUUGACUAUAGGAAACUUAACUUUUUUUUUUCCCCCUUUUAAUUUUUAUUUUUACAACUAAAUAGCUUAUAUUUAUAUCUCUUAAGUGGUCAAAUUUCUAGAUAACUCCUUUCAAUUCCUUCCUCCAUAUUUAAGCCAUAUUCACCAUCUAGAAACUGUAAACUAGAUGCCAGAAAAUCCAGGAUAUGAAUAUUCUAUAGACUUAUAGAUUACAACAUAUUUUAUUGGUUACUUUAAUUUUAAUCUAAUGAGUAUUCCUUCUUAAAGGCAUUGUAUGACAAGGAGUUUCCUGUGCCAAAACCUCAGGACUAUAAUCGCCAUGCUGUCGUAAUGGAACUGUUAAGUGGCCAUCCCAUGUGAGGAGAAUUAAAUUUAAUAUUUUGCAUCUAAAGUUGUUAAAACUACGUUCAGAAGGCUGAUUACAUUAUAUUUAGACGUUUAUUACAGUUGCCAGAUGUUUCUUUUGAGACAUAGCUGUGCUUAAAAAUAAAAUUGAUAAUAUUUAAGAUUGACUGCACUAAGACUUUAAGAUUUAGCAUAGCUUUACUCAGAACAGGAAAAAAAUGCAAAUAUAUAUUAUCUGAAAACAGAAUUUUCAUGGCUAUGGUGAUUUUCGGUUAUUUUACACUUUACACAAAAAUCAACAAUAAAAGUAUUAAUUUCUUUAAUAUUUACUGAUAAAUGAAAUAUAAAUAUAGCUAUUUUAAAAGAAAACCAUACUAGAGAUUUGAGCUGGCUUACUGUUACAUGUAAUUAAUGUAUUUAAAAUUCUCAACCGAUAUGUAAUUUUCUAAUUCAUCCUAUCAGGUGUCAAAUAAGUGAGCUAUCAGAUCCUAGUGUAACAUAUAAUGAGUGCAUGGAACUUAUCGUCAAACUUGGUAAUCACGGUUUAAUCCAUGGAGAUUUCAAUGAGUUUAACUUGAUGUUAGACAGUAAAGAUCAUAUCACUAUGAUUGAUUUCCCUCAAAUGAUCUCUACAUCUCAUCCUAAUGCAGAAAUGUAAGUUUUUUUGUAGUUAACGCUCUGUUCAAGAUGAUUUUAAAUAGGUAAAUAACAAUAACAGCUUUUUUUUUAAACAUAAAGCUAAAAAAAAACCACCUUUCUUUUAUAUAGGUACUUUGACAGAGAUGUGCAAUGUAUCAGAACUUUUUUUGCUAAAAGAUUUAACUACGAAAGUGAACUUCAUCCAACAUUUGCAGAUCUAGAGUGAGUUGCAUCAAAGUAUUAUGUGUGUGUAUUCAGUUAUCAACCGAAACAGUUAAUUAAGAGGAUAUUCUCCUGUGGCAAACAUUUCAGUAAAUUGAAUGACAAAACUCUUAUUUAAAGUUCAUCAAAUCAAACAACAAACUUGACACCACAAAUCAACUUAAGACUGUAACCAUUAAUAGUAAUAGUAUGAUGAGUAACUAUCUUAAAAAUUUGUUGCUUGGUUUGAGAGCUGAGAAUAAGUUAGAAGAUUUCUGUGACUGCAUGCUCAGUGCUGCUCAAUGGUGAAAAAAAAUUAGGACAAGUGAUAUUUUUACAGUUUUAGGUUAAGGUUUUGUUUAUCCUAUGGGGACAAUAAGCAUGAUACAUUACCAUCAUAUAUUUAUCACUGCACAUGCAUUAUAUCAGCUGACAUGGCUUGUUGACAUAUUAUUAGUUUCCCUACCAAUAGGCAUUAUGUUGUUCAAAGAUUUGAAAUUUCAAUUUUGAUUAAGUGGAAUGGUCAAGCUGAAAGAUGAAAUCGGUACUGAAUUGAUUAUAUAUGCCUACAAUUGCAACUGGUCACAGUGUUAUUCAAUUGAACUUUUAACUCCUCAGGAGAAUUGACGCUUUAGACAUUGAGGUAGCAGCAAGUGGUUUUACUAAAGAAUUAUCAGAUGCCUUUGAUCAGGUUAGAACUAGCUUAUAAUUUUAAAAUACUCAAUUUAUAAUAAUACUAUUUCCUUUUUCUGUUGUGGUUAAUGUAUCCAUUUCUGUUACCGGUAAUUUAUAAUCUAAAUUAAUAUUUCAAUUCAGUUGAAUUAAUAUAUCAAUAGUUUAUCAAUAAACUCUCCUAGAUGACUUACUCCAACCAAAGUUAUGUAACUUGAAUAUCUUUUUACACAGACAAUGAAUGAUAUGGGAAUUGUGCAGACACCAGAAGCUGGGGAGGAUGUUAAUAGUGAUGAUGACCAAGACAAUGAAGUUGGAAAGGAUGUAGAUGAGACUUCUGACACAAGUGACAGGGAGAAUGAUGCAGAAAAAACAUCUGACACAAAUGACAGUGAGGAGGAAAGUACUGCUCCAGCUGGCAAAGACCCUAGAAUACUCAAAUGGUUGGCACAAUCUGAUUCUAAAGACGAAGCCUUGGUAGAAAGACUUGCUGAUUUGGGGUUUAUUGAGCACACAUCAGAAAUUCAAGAGUGCUCUGCCGAUAAUUUACCCACAUCUUCAAAUGAUCAUCAGAUGGAGAAUAAGUCAUUUCAAGAUAACCCAGAAGAAACUGCCCUGAGAUUGUCGGUUCUUACUAAAUCUGAAGCCACCAAGGACGAUGAUAGUUGCUCUGAACAAGACCAACAUGAAUUUGAAGAUGCCAUAGAUAAAUUAGAAGAUUUAAAGAAAGCUAAUCAUGAAUUCAGACCAUUCAGAAAUGAGGAUAGUCAAAAUCAUAUAAAUGAACAUCAGAAAAAAAAUGAUUCAGCAUCCCGUGCAACACUUAGUAUUGCAUGCUCAAGCAUACCUCCAGAAAUAGCAAGAAGCCGAAUCCGAAGUCAGGCUAAACGAAAACAACAGGCUCAGCAAGCAAGACGUGUAAGGAAAAGUGGUGAGGCAUCUUUAUUUACUAAGCUACGAAGAGACAAUCAGGAUGAUAUUAAAGAGUCUAUGGAUGCUGUUUGGUUUUGAGAGUUUAAAAAUAAAUCAUGUAUUGAAUAAUUU